AUGAGCGACAUCACUCACCCUACCAUUCAGGAUGGCUGGUUCUCCGAGCAGUCCGGCAUGUGGCCCGGUCAGGCUAUGAACCUCAAGGUUAACCAGAUCCUGCACCACGAGAAGUCCAAGUACCAGGAUGUCUUGGUUUUCGAGAGCAGCGACUACGGCACUGUCCUCGUCCUGGACAACGUUAUCCAGUGCACCGAGCGUGAUGAGUUCUCCUACCAGGAGAUGAUCACCCACCUGGCCAUGAACUCUCACCCUAACCCCAAGAAGGUUCUUGUCAUUGGUGGCGGUGACGGUGGUGUCCUCCGUGAGGUUGUCAAGCACGAGACUGUCGAGGAGGCCGUCCUGUGUGACAUCGAUGAGGCCGUCAUCCGUGUCUCCAAGAAGUACCUUCCUGGCAUGAGCAUCGGCUUCCAGCACCCCAACGCUAAGACCCACGUCGGUGAUGGCUUUGAGUUCCUCAAGAGCCACAAGAACGAGUUCGAUGUUAUCAUCACUGACAGCUCUGACCCCGAGGGCCCUGCCGAGAGCCUUUUCCAGAAGCCUUACUUUGAGCUUCUCCGCGAUGCCCUGCGUGACGGAGGUGUCAUCACCACCCAAGGUUCUGAGAACCAAUGGCUUCACCUUCCCCUGAUCGCCGACCUCAAGAAGUCCUGCAGCGAGGUCUUCCCUGUCGCCGAGUACGCCUACACCACCAUCCCCACCUACCCCUCCGGCCAGAUCGGCUUCAUGGUCUGCUGCAAGGACGCCACCCGCAACGUCAAGGAGCCCCUUCGCUCCUGGACUCGCGAGGAGGAGGAGCGUCACUGCCGCUACUACAAUGCCGACAUCCACCGUGCCAGCUUUGUGCUGCCCAACUUCGCUCGCAAGGCCCUUGCUUAA